AUGAAUCGCCCAACGUCACAUAUACUCUCUUCUAUAUCCUCAUCUCUCGAACGCGAUACAUUUCUCUGGGCAUAUAUAUUUCCCUCAACUCUUCUUAUUGGUGGAUUCAACUCACAUCUCACACCCGUCUCCUGCGCCACUUUGAGACGAUGGACGAAAGUAUUGGACCCUAUGCGUUGGAAAGAUUUCUCAUUAAAUCGUGUUAUUGUACACCCAUACGGCGUCAUGUCCUAUGGUGUUGAGCCUGUAGGAGAAGAGAUCCCCCCUCUAUCGACGGAGCCACUUCCUACAGGAGAUUACGGAUGGUUCUCCCGCAGCAGAGUACCUUUCAUUCCUGCUUUCGCGCAUGUCGGAAGCAUGCACUCCUUCACGGCUAUGCAGCGCAUCGCAAUAAAGGACGGAGAUUUCUAUUCGGAACUCGGAGAUCCUCACACCAUGUUCAAAGUACCAUCUAUCAUCAAGGAUCGAGUCCGCCAACGUGAUCAAAAUCGAUGUCUCUUUACCGGUAGCCAGCCGCAGAGAGCUAUCACUGUAUCUUGGCUUGUACCUCCGUAUUGUUGCGAGGAAGUGAGUAUUCCCCCCUCGGUUAUUACUGAGAGGUCUGGCCUGUAUCGCGAAGACUUAACAGUACCCUCAAAUGCGACGGUCUUGCACAGAGACCUUGUUCCCUAUUUUCUCAACAACGCCUUCAGCGUCGAUAUAGACGACGACUACCGUAUCAUCAUCUUCCGUGAGAUGGGUUCCAUACGGCAACUCCUUCCUACACAUAUGCCUGCUCCCUGUGCCCAAGAUCAGCAAUUUGACAUGUUUCUCCGAGCUCACUUUCGCAGCUCCUUGCGAGUGAACAUCCUUCGUGGCGACAUUAGAGAGGAAUAUGAUGCAGGGACUAUCCAGAGAAUGAUGGGUCAACUUGGUGUCGGAGAUGACAACGAUGACGACGAGAUGGCUCCUCUUUCGGAUUCGCGUCGGAACUCUGUACUUGGACAAGCCAUAUUGGAGGAAGUCAUGAGGGAAAGGAUCGCUAGAGCGUUGUGA